AUGUUCUCACAUCUGAAGCGCAGCCCAGCUGAACUUGCGAGUUCCAAAAUAGACACCGACCGAAGACUGGCAGUCGUGAUUGGAAGCGAUUCCCAAUUUGACCACGAAGUGCUCGAGCGCGCUCGAGACAUGUAUGGCAAGAUGCUGCGUUCUGGGCGCGCCCGGACACAACUGAGAGAAACCCGCGUAGAUGCUGGACGCGCUGGCUCGCAAAAAGACGGCUCUCACAAAGGUUGGAUGAGAAAGCGAAAGCAGGCGGUGGACAAGGCUGCGCAGGAAGAGGAGUUGCGAACACCACAACGACGAAGGCCUCCAGUGGAGCUGCCAGAAAGUUUGGCAAAAGAAGAGGCGAAGCAAAAGGCCUUGCUUCGAAAGCGUAAAACAGAGGCAUUUCUGGAAGGCACUCUGUUAGAUUCAGAAAUCACGGACGAUUUGAAGGACGAGGCAGAAAAAAGAAAGAAAGUCGACGAACAAAAUGACCGGCAACGCUGCAAGGCAUAUGCGGCUAUGACCAAGUCGGUCCAUGUGGCUAAGCAUGGAUUGGCUGCGAGAAGUGCAUUGCAGAACUUGCCUGUGCCUGCGUUCUUCUUGGAAGGCAUCACGGACAAAACACGCUUGGAGAAUCAGCUUCGCAAGGUUGGUGUAACAGCUUUUGUUCAGGACAUACGGCAAGCACAGCUUUUGAUUGUGCCCUCUGCAGAGAAUCUAUCACGCACGAACAAAUUGAUAGCAUCUCUUUUCGGUUGCGUGGUGCUCUCUGCAUCGAUCCUUCGGGGUCAAGCAGGCGCCAAGUUGUCCUACACUGCUGGACUUCGUCGCAAGGUGCGUGUCUUUGCAAGUGAUGCAUUUCAGCAGGAAGCACCUUCCCUGACGGUGGUCCUUCGCAACAUUUGCGAACGACCUGACUCCGAUUGGCAAGCGGUGUCCUUUCAGGAUGCGAGACGAAAGGAUGGUUGGAAAUGGGGCAUCGUCUUGCGGGGCGCAACGGAAAACGUGCCCAAGAACAACACAAAUUCCAAGAAACUGCUUUGUCUGACUGGGAACGGGUUAGUUGCCUGGGCAACGAGGGAGUUUGCCCUUCCUACGGGAAGUGGCUGGGUUCAGAGUCGUGAAGGGUGA